CAUAAAUAUACUAAAAGUAUUUUGUCUAGAUCUUAGGAAAUGUGGCAGUAAUCAAGUUAUGGAAACUCUUAGCGUAAAAAUGAAGUCAAUGAGUGGUAUUUGGAAAAGAAGAUCGUCAAUGACAAACUUAUCAGCAGUGACAAACAUAAACAUAACACCUGAGAUAAAUAAGCCUAUGCUUCCAGCCAAAAAUGCCACAGUUGAUCUUCGCUCUGAGAUAUAUGACUUAAAGAAGCAGCUGGAAGACAAGGAUAACGAAUUGAAGGAGCAGCAACUAAUGAUGAAGGAUUAUAUUAUUAACAGAAUCAAUAUAAGUCGAGAUCUCUCAGUUGAGGAUCAGAUAGCAAGUCUCAAGAAGGAGCUUAGAAAGCUUGGUUAUGAGGAACCACAAAUAAUCAGACCGUCCACCCCGCCUGUUUCUCUUGAGGAGAACCAGAGACUGCAGACAGAAGUUAGGAAUUUACAGCAAGCUUUACAGAAAUAUGAGAGGUUGCACAAGACAAGGAUUCAGAAGUUAAAAACGGGUCAUGCAGAAGAGGUAGCCACGUUAAAUCUUGACAUUUUCGAACUCAGGGACCAAUUGAGGAAUCAAAACAAAGAAAACUCCAACACAGACUAUGGUCUAGUUAUCGAAUUAAGUACUCAAGUUUCUAUGCUGAAUGCGGAGAUAGAGAGCCUACACGAAGAACUAGCAAAAUACGGAAAGAAGUCUUAAGAAUGUAAAAAAAGACGAUUGAAAUGAACAAAUUGGUUUCUUAUGUUGAUCUUCCGUAGAUAGUGGGAAGAUUCUUCGAACUUGUAAAAUAAUUAUUUUUUAUUUAAUCAGUCAGAGUAUCAUCAUAAUAAUUUAUACUGUUUUUAAUUUAAUCUUUUAUCAAAAUAACAGAGAUCUAAAAUAAUUGGCAAAACUUUAGUUUUGCUGUAAGAAUGUUUGGGUGAAUGAUGUUGACUGAAACCUGUAAAUUAGUUUUUAAAAUUUGAUAAUUGUCGCA